AUGUCUGUGACCCCUUCUGGUGAGAUGGAAAGCUUGAACUUCCUGUUCGGAGACGUCGAUAGCGCUGCAAUAUUUGCUCGUUUGCGUUCACCGUCUGGAAAGCCCCCAUGCAUAUUAGAAGUUUCUUACGAUGACGUGCUUUGGUAUUUUAGAUCUGGAUAUGUCUCUAGCAUGCAGCUCAAGGAGCUCUGUGACCAGGACCAAGGUCCAAUCGUUCCAACCCUGCUGGCUCUAUCAUACGCAUCUCAAAUCUACGCGACUCUCCCAGAUGCAACAGUUACUGUCUCGACACUCGAUCAUUGUCUCCUUAGGACUAGCUGGGCGCGUCACGCCAGUCAGUUGAAUGAUAUCCCUCUUGGAAAGCCUUCGAUGACCGGUGAGCCUGACCGGUCAUUCGCUAUAGCAGUAAUUGCUUUCUUUGAGGGGUCUCACAACAUCAAAUCGAAGGAGUUAAGAAACGUCAUUGCGCUGUCUGCGGGCGAUUCCAUCUAUGUCGCCAUGCGGCUGAUCUGCGAUCCUUUCGAAAAUCCCCAUACAUACGAAAUGAAGCGAAUACUGGGAAAUAUCGGCAAAGCUGGCCUGGUCAUGCUCAUCCCACCAAGAGAUCCUUUAGUUCGGGAAUUAGACCCGGGCAGGUGGAGAUUUGCAGAUAAUCCUGAGUUUGAUGGCAAACCGGAAGACUGUUUCACUCAGACUUCUCUCCAUCUCUCUUUUACAAGCUAUCACAUACCUGUGUUAAGCAACGAAUUUCGGGGCGAUCAGGAUAACCCUGUGUCAAUGCUUGAAUCGGUGAUCUCGGUUCGGGAUUCGGGGCUCUGGGUUGCCGACAUCAAUAUCCUCGAUGCACUUGAAAAAGACGCCCCCGUUUACAGGCUAGAUCCGCCGAAGAGAUGCGAGCAUGCAGAAGAUCUGGCGCCGGACCCGCCCAUUAAAACAAUAGGAUGUUGGGACGAUGUCCUGGACUCUCCGGAUGGGAAUUUCUUAAUCAAGGCACAUAGCAACUGGCUUGCCAGAUUAGCAGUCACUGCUGUACUGCCUAACCAUUCGAGAACGAAGCAAAGGCGAAUAACGAUUUGUCCGUCCUCCGUUUGCUGGCGUUGUGUCCAGCAAAAUUUUCCCCACAAUGCUUAUGUUUUCUGA